GCGAAAAAGACCCUUUGGAUACUUGCAAGAAAUUAUGAGUGGGCCAACUGUUGAGAAAUGUGUGUUCCAUUAACCAUCCAUAUGUUAUAUAUAUGCAUGGCUAUUGGCAGUGCUAAAGUCAUGAGUACCAUUCUAAUUCUCAUAUUCAGUGGAUUCAUUUCAUCAAUCACUUUGCCUUUCUGAUCAUAACCACCAAAAUGCCAACCAUUAAUCCAGUUCGUUUCAAAUUCAUGCAAGCCAUAAUAAUAUUUAUGAUGUUGCAGGCUCUUGUUUCUGCUCAACACCAUAUUAUGUGCAUUAAGACUGAGAGGGAAGCACUCCUCCAAUUCAAGGCUGCCCUCCUGGAUCCCUAUGGCAUGCUCUCUUCUUGGACCACAGCUGAUUGCUGCCGAUGGGAAGGGAUUCGCUGCAGCAACCUCACCGGCCAUGUCCUAAUGCUCCACCUUCCCGGUCAGUUUCAUUAUUCAUAUGCCUUCAAUAGUAUCACUGUUGCCUCGCUACGUUAUAUGAGGGGAGAGAUCCACAAGUCGUUGAUGGAGUUGCAACAAUUAAAGUAUUUAAACCUCAGUUGGAAUGAUUUUCGAGGCAGAGGAAUCCCAGAGUUUCUUGGUUCUCUCAGCAACUUGAGAUACCUUGAUCUGUCAUGUUCUCAAUUUGGCGGAAAAAUUCCAACUCAGUUUGGCUCUCUUUCUCAUUUGAAAUACUUAGAUCUUGCUGGGAAUUUUUAUCUGGAGGGUUCAAUCCCACGUCAACUUGGAAAUCUCUCCCAGUUGCAGUAUCUUGAUCUCGGGGGCAACCAAUUUGAAGGAAAAAUACCCUCUCAAAUUGGAAGUCUCUCCCAGUUGCAGCAUCUUGAUCUAGGUGACAAUUCUUUAGAAGGAAAUAUACCCUCUCAAAUUGGAAAUCUCUCCCAGUUGCAGCUUCUUAAUCUCAGGUUCAAUUCUUUAGAAGGAAGUAUACCGUCCCAACUUGGGAACCUUUCAAAUUUGCAGAAGCUUUAUCUUGGCAGAUAUUCUGAUGAUGUUGGUGCUCCCAAAAUUGACGAUGGAGAUCAUUGGCUGUCUAAUCUCAUUUCUUUAACCCAUCUUUCCUUGUACAACAUAUCUAAUCUCAACACUUCUCAUAGCUUCCUCCAAAUGAUUGCCAAGCUACCAAAACUUAGAGAACUGAGAUUAUUUGAUUGUAGCCUUUCCGAUCAUUUUAUCCUUUCACUAAGGCCCUCGAAAUUCAAUUUUUCUAGUUCCCUUUCCAUCCUUGAUCUUUCCGUGAACAGCUUCACGUCAUCAAUGAUACUCCAGAGGCUGUCCAACGUCACUUCCAACCUUGUUGAGCUUGACCUUAGUGAUAACCUCUUGGAGGGUUCCACAUCAAACCAUUUUGGCCAUGUAAUGAAUUCUCUUGAGCACCUCGACCUCUCAAGUAAUAUAUUCAAGGGUGAGGAUUUGAAAUCCUUCGCGAAUAUAUGCACCUUACAUUCUUUGUACAUGCGAGAAAACCAUUUGAGUGAAGACCUUCCAUCAAUCCUUCAUAAUUUGUCUAGUGGUUGUGUUAAACACUCAUUACAAGAAUUGGAUUUGUCAGAUAAUCAAAUCACCGGCUCUUUAACUGACCUUUCAGUAUUCUCAUCUCUAAAAUCAUUGUUUCUUGAUGGAAAUCAAUUAAGUGGAAACAUACCUGAAGGCAUCAGCUUACCGUUUCAUUUGAAAUUUCUGUCAAUCAGAUCAAACUCUAUAGAGGGUGGAAUUCCCAAAUCAUUUGGGAAUUCGUGUGCUUUGAGCUCACUGGAUAUGUCUGGUAACAAAUUGAAUAAAGAGCUUUCGGUGAUAAUCCAUCAAUUGUCUGGGUGUGUCAGAUUCUCGCUGCAAGAACUGAACUUGGAAGGAAAUCAAAUCAAGGGUACGCUUCCUGACCUUUCAAUAUUUUCUGUCUUGAAAACAUUGGAUCUUUCAGCAAAUCAAUUAAAUGGCAAAACUCCAGAGAGUAGCAAAUUUCCAUCUCUGUUGGAGUCUUUGUCAAUCAGAUCAAACAAUUUAGAAGGUGGAAUUCCAAAAUCAUUUGGGAAUGCAUGUGCUUUGCGCUCAUUGGACAUGUCUAAUAAUAGCUUGAGUGAAGAGUUUCCAAUGAUAAUCCACUACUUGUCUGGAUGUGCUAGAUAUUCAUUGGAACAGUUAUAUCUAGGCAUGAAUCAAAUCAACGGCACAUUACCCGACUUCUCAAUAUUCUCAAUUUUAAAAGAAUUAGAUCUUCAUGGAAACAAGCUAAAUGGAGAGAUUCCUAAAGAUUAUAAAUUUCCACCCCAACUGAAGAGACUAGAUAUGCAAUCAAAUUCCUUAAAGGGUGUGCUCACUGACUAUCAUUUCGCUAAUAUGUCUAUGUUAUACUUCUUGGAGUUAUCUGACAACUCGUUAUUGUCCUUGGCAUUUAGACAAAAUUGGGUUCCACCAUUUCAAUUGAGCUACAUAGGACUGAGAUCAUGCAAGCUAGGUCCAGUAUUUCCAAAAUGGUUGGAGACACAAAAUCAAUUUGGGGAUAUUGACAUUUCAAAUGCUGGAAUAGCAGAUAUGGUUCCAAAGUGGUUUUGGGCUAAUUUAGCAUUCCGAGAAGAGAUUUCAAUGAAUAUUUCAUACAAUAAUCUCCAUGGUAUAAUUCCAAAUUUUCCACUAAAGAAUCUUUAUCAUUCCCUAAUUCUUGGAUCAAAUCAAUUUGAUGGCCCUAUUCCACCAUUUCUGCGAGGUUCCCUGUAUCUUGAUUUAUCCAAAAAUAAAUUCUCAGAUUCUCGUUCCUUUUUAUGUGUGAAUGGUACUGUUGAAAGUUUAUACCAAUUAGACAUUUCAAAUAAUCAUUUCUCUGGAAAAAUUCCGGAUUGUUGGAGUCAUUUCAAGUCAUUAUCUUAUUUGGACUUAAGUCACAAUAAUUUUUCAGGAAGAAUACCUACAUCCAUGGGAUCUCUUCUUCAUCUUCAAGCAUUGCUAUUGAGAAACAACAACUUAACAGAUGAGAUACCUUUCUCCUUGAGGAGUUGCACAAAUCUAGUAAUGUUGGAUAUUGCAGAAAAUAGAUUAUCAGGGCUCAUCCCUACUUGGAUUGGGAGCGAACUACAAGAGUUGCAAUUUUUAAGUUUGGGAAGAAAUAAUUUCCAUGGAAGUUUACCAUUGAAAAUUUGCUACCUAAGUAACAUUCAAGUCUUGGAUCUCUCACUAAACAGCAUGUCUGGACAAAUUCCUAAAUGCAUAAAAAUUUUUACUUCGAUGACUCAAAAGACAUCUUCAAGAGAUUAUCAAGGACAUUCAUAUCUUUUCGAAACCCAUGACAUGUCAGGUAAUCGUACAUAUGAUUUGAAUGCACUCUUGAUGUGGAAAGGUUCAGAACAAAUGUUCAAAAAUAAUGUAAUACUACUUUUAAAAAGCAUUGAUCUCUCAAGCAAUCACUUUUCUGGAGAAAUUCCACUGGAAAUAGAGAAUUUAUUUGAAUUGGUUUCAUUGAAUUUAUCAAGAAACCAUUUGACUGGAAAAAUUCCUUCAAAUAUUGGAAAGUUAACAUCACUUGACUUUCUUGAUUUGUCAAGAAACCAUCUAGUUGGUUCAAUUCCUUCAAGUCUUACUCAAAUUGAUCGACUCGGCGUGUUAGAUUUGUCACAUAACAAUCUAUCUGGAGAGAUUCCAACUGGUACACAAUUACAGAGUUUCAAUGCCUCAUGUUAUGAAGAUAAUCUUGAUCUUUGUGGACCGCCACUAGAGAAAUUGUGUAUUGAUGGGAAGCCUGCACAGGAACCAAUUGUUAAACUUCCUGAAGAUGAAAAUUUGUUUUUCACCUGUGAAUUUUACAUGAGUAUGGCAAUUGGAUUUGUUAUAAGCUUCUGUGGCGUCUUUGGCUCAAUCUUAAUAAAGCGUUCUUGGAGACAUGCUUAUUUCAAAUUCAUAAGCAAUUUGUCAGACGCUAUUUAUGUCAUGGCAGCAGUGAAAGUUUUCAAGUGGUGUCACAGAGGAUAGCUGAAAAAUUUUGAAUUCUAGCUGCCAGCUUGUUGAGGUGGAAAAUGCAAAGAGAAACUUUUGGAGGUGAGAAGGCAUGCAUCUCUCACUGUUGGAUUUGGAGAGAGAAUUAAGGAAGGCUUCUAGAGCUUGAGGGAGCCAAUUGUGAUUGUGAUCUAGUUUAUUUUCCUUAUUAAUUUCUAAGCAUUUUGUUUGUAGUUUGGUCUUUAAAUCUGAACUAGUUGUUUUUUUAUUAAGUUGAUGAAUCUUCAUAAUAAUGGGAAUUGAGAUGUUUGGUUAUUGUUUCUUGAUUUUUGGGUCAUGCUCUUUGCUUAUGUAGAAAUAGUAAACCGUGUUUGGUCUAGGGAUUUUGUUGUGCUUUUGUACAUUAGUCUCAUGAUUUCAUUUAAGGAAUUAAGUUACAUGAGAUUAAAAGGAUUCAUUGCCAAGGAAUUGAAUGUGAAUUACUGCAGCAAAAACUGAUCUUAAACUUGGGCAAUGCAAAGAUGGGUAAUGCUAAUUGCACCCUCUGGUAGAGUGGUGUGAGCAGAGGUGAUUGGCAAAGUUGGCACUGAUGGAGGAGUGGUGAUUGAGGUGCUCAUCACGUUUGAGAUACAUCUCAUAGUUCUGCAAUUUAAAAAAUAACUCAUCAAAAGAGGGCAAGGUGUUUUGCCAAUGACGUAGCCUUCAAAGUCACGAAUAAGCUUAGACUGAUACCAUAUAGAGAAUGAAUAAGUUGUUUAUUUUAAACACAAUUUGAGUACAAGGCAGCAACAUUUA